CAUAGUGUGUCACAACUUUAGUCCCAUCCAAGGUUGAAUACAUGACUAGUUAAUGUCAAAGUAUUUCCCAAUGUAUUGGGAAAGCAGUUCUUUUACUGCAGGUAUAGCAGAAACACUUAAGGAAGUAAUUUCCAUGAUAAAUUGACUGAAAUUUCAACACAGCAACAAACAAAACCUACUUCUAAUCCAAAACACGUCAUAACAUACAAAGAGAGAAUUGAAAUCAAGGAAACUUCUCAAGGAAACUUAAAAAAGACUUAAAGCCCUUCAUGAGGUCAAACAAUGGAGAAUUCAUCAUCUUUGCACACAAAAAAUAAGCUCUGGACAAUGGAGAUAAAAACUGUCUUCAUCAAUAACAUAUCUAAAGUUAUGAGCUCACUGGAGCUGAUGGGAUGGACUUCCAUCAUGUCACAGAUUGAUCAGCUGCUGUAAAUGAUAUAAAAGCGAGAGAGAGCACCUACAGAUACAUCAGUGAGAUACAUCACACACUCAUCAUGACCUUCACCAUCUUCUCCAUCACCUGCCUUGCCCUGGUGGCCUCUGCUCUGGGUUGUGGAAUCCCUGAGAUUAAACCGCAGACGAUCGGCAGCAGGAUUGUGAACGGACAGAAUGCCAUCUCUGGUUCUUGGCCCUGGCAGGUCUCUCUUCAGCAAGCCAAUGGUUUCCACAUCUGCGGAGGAUCCUUGAUCAACGAGAACUGGGUUCUCACUUCUGCCAAAUGCCCUGUCUUGGUCAACUCCCACCGUGUCAUUCUUGGAGAACAUAAUCGUGGCUCCAAUGAUGAACCCAUCCAGAUAGAGCUAGUUUCCAAGGUCAUCACCCAUCCACUCUUCAACAGAGCAACCCUCAACAAUGACAUUGCUCUGCUGAAACUGUCGUCUCCAGUCACAUUCACUCCUCGUAUCUCUCCUGUAUGUCUGGCCGAAUCAAACGCCAGCAUCGUGCCUGGAACCCGCUGCUUCACCACUGGCUGGGGCCAGACUGCUACCACAACGAGCCCUCUGAUUCUGCAGCAAACAGUUACACCCAUAAUAAGUCUGGCUGUGUGCAGGCAGACUUGGGGUCAGAACAGAAUCACUGAUGCCAUGAUCUGUGCUGGAUCCUCUGGUUCCUCAUCUUGCGAGGGUGAUACUGGUGGUCCUCUGGUGUGUGAGAGUUCAGGGGUCUGGACUCUGGUGGGCUCUGUGUCUCAGGAAAGAAGCACUUGUGACCCCCGUUUGCCUGCAGUCUACACCAACAUCUCCCAACUGCGCUCUUGGAUUGACAAGACUAUUGCUUCCAACUAGAUCACCAGUCUGAAUAUUUACUUUCUGUCUUUGAUUCCCUGUUGGUGGUCUUUUAGUUUGUGGGUUUGGGUCAGUCAAUGAGUUCAUUCUGUUUUCCUGUUUCAGCUGUACAGAUAAUGAAAACCUUUCAAUAAAUGAGAUGAGUGAAAUAAAAUGCAAAAAAAAAAAAAAAAGCAUUGAUGCCAUGCAGUCCGUCCUUCAACAUCCAACUUAAAUUCCAAAGUGGGAGAGAAAAGGGUGCCAAUUUUUGUAAAACUGAAAUAGCUUGUAUUUAAGGAAAAAAUUUAAGACUUCAAAUGGAAUAAUGUUCAAUACACUCUUAGUCCAUUGUGUCUUGUUGAUGGUUUUUCAGAAACCCACAGCUGAAAUAUGCAGUGUCUGGAAGUAAAUAAAUUUUGAGCAGCAGGAUCUAAGAUGAGCUCCAAGUGUUAUAUGAAUCCCGAAAGUACACACCAGUGGGUCAAGGUCAAGAGAGAUUUCCAUUAAGACAUGCCAUUAAGAAUGACUUAAGAACAGUCAAUAAUAUGAUUAAAAUAUGUACCGUUCUCCAUUUUACACUUAACACAGGUCUUUAAAAUGUCAAUUGAAAAGCUUCUGAAUUUAUUAAAGAUUUGAAUGUUCUGUCUUUGGAAAGCUCAGGGGCUCAA